AUGCCCGAACCUCCCCAGGCCUGGUGGUGGGCUCCCGGGCAGCCCCAGCGUCCCCUAGGAGCGACGACCCCUGCUCAGUGGCGCCUGGUCCCAUUGGCUACCCAAGGACUGAGGCGUGCAGGCACAGCUCCCUUGGGACUGGUAGGAAGUCCUGCCUGCAGCCCCAGUGCCAGAUCCACUAGAAGUGGCGGCAGGCUGCGCAGCCCCCGGGGUUCGGAGCGUGGAUGGUUGGGGGACCAAGCAGACACCCCAUUCCUGGGUACCUGUAGGGAGGCUGAGGCCACGGCCAUUUUCCGGAAGGUGGCAGACCGAACACGCUGCCCUGCGGUGAAAAAAAUUAAACCUUUAGAAAAAGAGUUGUAAAAAAAGCCUUCGCUGCAUGUGGGGGAAGUGAUAGCACAGAAUAGACCGGAGAAUAGCCUCCUGGAGGAGACCCUGCGCUGUGACCAUGCUGUCCGGAUGGCACCUGUGUUUACAGAGGACACCUUUCAACUGGAAGAUAUUAAACAGAGCAUAAGAGAUCAGGCUUGGGAUGAUGUAGUUCGUAAAGAAAAACCUAAAGAGGAUGCAUAUUAGUAUAAAAAGCAUUUAACAUUAGUCCAUGAGAAGAGUAAAUUGAGCAUUGCUGAAAUUUAUGAACAGGAGGACACCAAACUCAACCAGCAAAAAACAGCGGAAGAAGAAAAUCCAGAGUACACAGAAAUUCAGAUGAUGGAUUCCCUCUUUUUAAAAUUGGAUGCCCUCUCAAACUGCCACUUUAUCCCUAAACCACCUGUACCAGAAAUUAAAGUUGUGCCAAAUCUGCCCUCCAUGGCCAUGGAGGGAGUAGCACCAGUGAGUAUUAGUGAUGCAGCUCACCUGGCCCCAGAGGAGAUCAAGGAGAAAAAUAAAGCUGGAAAUAUAAAAACAGCUCCUGAAAAAACAGCUACAGACAAGAAACAAGAGCGGAGGAAAAAUAAAUACUAAAAGCAUAUGAAAAUGAAGGAGAAACGGAGAAAACAGCUUGAAAAGAGCAGUCCAGAUCAAGCAGGGAAAUACACAAACACUCGCUUUGGAUAAGUUAAAUAGCUGACCAAAACUGGCAAAGCUUCCUUCAGAAAGGAUGAAGGUACAGACAAGGCCUUAAAGUCCUCUCAAGCAUUCUUUUCUAAAUUACAAGAUCAAGUAAAAACGCAAAUCAGUGAUGCAAAGAAAACAGAAAACAAGAAAAGACAGGAUAUUUCCGUUCAUAAAUUAAAGCUGUAA